AUGGAGCUGAAAUUUCUGUUACUCGUAUCCUUCAUAGCGGUGCUACAAAUCGUGUACGCUCAGGAUUACUGUGAUUCGUCUUACUGUAGAUCCGGCACGCACAUUGCAUGCAACAACAGUGGGGCAUUCGCAGCGUCUUGCCUAAGUCCAGCCUUGGUCAGCUUUACACAGGCGCAAAAGAACUCGAUCAUCGCUUCCCACAAUGCCAAACGUAACACCGUGGCUGGCGGCAAGACAGCGCUGAGUCCAGCCUGUCGCAUGGCCACCAUGCAGUGGGACGACGAAUUGGCCACACUGGCGGCACUGAAUGUCAAACAAUGUCAGAUGAAGCAUGACGCCUGUCACAAUACAGCGGACUUCGACUACUCCGGACAGAAUUUGGCGUGGAUUACAUUCUAUAACACGCCGAAUACUACACAAUUGUCAUUGAAAUCUGUGGAUAUGUGGUAUAAUGAGAUUAAUAACACCAAAAUGGAGUAUAUAAAUGCGUAUCCGAGAAAUUAUUCAGGCCCCGAAAUCGGACAUUUCACCGUUAUGGUGGCAGAUCGUAAUAUUCGCUUAGGCUGCGCUGCUUCCACCUACAACGUAACGGGUCAACAAUAUAAAGCAUUCUUGUUCGCCUGUAAUUAUGCAACAACAAAUAUAAUAGGCGUCCCAAUUUAUAAGAGUUGUUCGGUAGCAGCUACGAAUUGCACGACUGGUAAAAAUCCGUCAUACACUAGCCUUUGUUCGGUCGCGGAGGAGUAUGAUGUUAACACAUUUGUUUAAAAGCGUGUAAUUCAUAAUGGAAUUCCAGUUUUCUUAUGUUUAAUAAGUCGAUAAAGGUUAGGUUAAUAUAUAAUUAAUAUGCAAUACAUGGAAUUAUAAAGUG